CAAAGAUUUUAAAUAAGAUGUUUUAUUGUUGUCACAUACACAGGAUAUGUACAGUGAAAUGUGUUGCUUUAUAUGGUCUGCCAUAGCAGUAUCAGCACACCUGGAGCAAAUUAAGGUUAAGUGCCUUGCUCAAGGGCAAAUCAACCUUUGCGGCUGGGUUACUAGUCAAACACUAACAGCUAGGCUACCUUCCACCCAUUCACAAAAUAAGCAAAUGAAUCAUAGUCGGCAGGACAAGCACGAGAUAGUGAGAUCCUAUUGUCGCGUUCUUGCAUAUAUUUGUGGUUUUCCGUUAUGGAACGCCUACUCUGAAAUGCGCAUCUAAACAACGCACUUUUUAUCAACUUUGGUAAAAGGUAAAGUCUACAUAACUUAAUCUACUCUGUUCGUAACAUAAUCUAGUUCGGGGAACAGAAAAUUGUAUUGAGAUCAAAUGUUUCAUCGAUGAGUAAAUUGGCAUUGCCGGUCCCAGAGCUUCCUGUAGAAACAUCUGGCUCAUUCUAUUUUUGCUAAUAUCUCUGGUUGUAGUUUGUCUGCACUACAAAUCCCAGAAUUCAGUGUUAGCAGUUGGUAGCAACCCUGAAGGCUUACUAGUCAAUCAUCUGUAGUGUAGCAAAAUAUAUAUUUUUAAAAGUUGUAAAUGUUUUGCUAGUUGACUGAAACUAUACAUAAAUUACAGAAGCAACGACUCUGCAAAAUUGCUAGCUUUGUAGGGCGUCAGACUAUGGAGAUUAAUCGACCUUCAAUCAAGGUGACCCAGGUUAUAUUCAUCAUAACCAUUUUGUUAGUCAGGGUGCAGUUUGGAACCAACAUAUCAGACCCAGAUGAACCAGAUGACACAGAUGAACCAAAUGACACAGAUGAACCAAAUGACACAGAUGAACCAGAUGACCCAGAGCAACAGAAACUAUUUCAGUGUGUGUCAGGAAAUAUGGAUAGCAAAAGGGUUCGACUGUACCUCGGCCUGGACAAUCUGGUGGUGGAUUGCAUGCUACGGAAGAAACCAGGCGGCUCAGCUAGACAGUACCAGAACCAACUGAAGCUCUACACAUCAUCUGGUCUCCUGCCCACCAUGGCCAUCUAUAACAGCACUAACUCAGCCACCUUCUCCUUUAAAUUAAUUAUGAAUGCAUCCACCUGGAGAGUGAACGUCCCCAGAUACAACAUAACUAUCAACACAGUGGCGGCACCUGUGGAUGAGUGGUAUGUGGAAUUCAGUAUGUUCCAUGGCUUCUCUAUGUUCAGCAGCAAGGGAUCCAUCCUGGACACACUGAGGGGAACACUACUGGACGUGGCCAGAGAGCCCAUCCUGCAGUGGACGAUAGGGGAAGAGUUGUCGUCUCGUAUCAUUGAACCACAUCUCCACCGGGUCCUGCAACUACAGGUCAGCCAGAGUCCCUGUGCCGGUGAUGUGGCCGUGUUGGCACCUGUCUUCGCUCCAGGAGGACACACAGGGGUGAUUCUCAGUGUCACCAGAUCUGCCUUCACCGCUCAGGGACGAUGGUUCAACGCCACAAGAUCACUAUGUAGCUUGAUCAAUGAAGUGUGUGUGUCUGGCUGUGCGGGGAUCUCCAUCGUGGACCUGAAGCUGACCAACUGUCACCUGUUCCUGCUGACCAACCGGGGGCUCUUCAUCAGCCAGGAUCUCCUUUCCCCUGUCACAGGCACUCUCAAUUUCACCUUGCUGUUCCUCCCUGCACUGGCUCAGAUGGACUACUCUGCCACCACCUUGUGGUUUUCCUCUCAAUGUGUGACAGAUCGCAUCUAUUUCAGUGAUGACACACUCAGUUUGAUUUCCAAUGAAGGAGAAGGUGAAAACCUGCAUUCUAGGUGUGUGUACAGUAAGUACCCCUUCACGAGGUGGUUCCUGUGCCAGGCCUCUGCUGUUGACAUCGCGAAGAACCCCAAACACCGUUACCUGUCCUUCCUCCAUGACCGUCACCAACACACUGGCCUACUGCUCUCACACACUGAGCAGCAGGGUGCGAUGGUGUCAGUGUUUGGUGUAAAGGCAGAGGAACUCUUUCAGCGUCACACCAAGUUCCCCCCGGUGAUUCUAGACUUCCAGCCCAGAGGGAUCUUCCUGUUGGACAACCAUGUUAUCCUGUACGGCUCAGAGGUGUGGACAUCGUCAGAUAGAGGCUCUACCUUCACGUGGGUGUUCUCUCUAGACAAUCAGAUUGUCAUAGACGCGCUGAGCUGUACUGUCAUUGGCGUGGUAGUGUUCUUCACUGACCAUGGCAACCUCUACAUCAUGAAGUCAGGUCUUGCCAGGUAUGCGUGGUUGAACGAGACCCUGGAUGUAGCCAGUACUCUACUGUGUGGUCACAUGGGCAUCCUAAUUGCUGUUCAGCUGGACAAAGACAAACCCAGUGGCUUUAGCUACAGGAACAUCGAGAUAGACCACCUCAUAGAGAAACAUGAAAUGAGUUUUGACAAAGCCCUGGCCCUCCAGUACACCACAGACCACACAGUCCUGCUCCACGAGAAUGCUGUCAUCAAUGACCAUGCGAACGGAAACAACCGCCAGGGCAGGAACAACCCUCUCACCGUGGCACCUGCCAGCCACUUCUCACCUGACCACGUGGGCAAGGUCAUCUACUUCAGUGACGGUGGCAUGGUGGUGAUCACAGAGGUGUUCCGGACUCACUAUCUGAAGGGGUUCUCCGGGGUUGUUGUCGGGGAGAUCCUGGAGCCAAUCAAAGGAGCCAGCUUGAAUGCGGAGCCUGUGCAGUUAUAUGACCUGUUGGUGAAGAAGGGGGAGCCCGAGGGGCUCAUUGUUACACUGCAGCUCAAAGACCUAGAUCCAUCCCAGGGGUUUAAUAUGUCCCACGUGGGGAAGGCUGUGGUAGCACCAGGCUUCAGCAGUUACCUCAUCACAGGGCUGCUGCCCAGCGGCAGUGCCCUAGCCAAGCCCACCAUGCCAGCCCUAGUGCUCCCCCUGACCAGCCACCGGUCAGGAGAGUGGCUGCUCUUCCACUCUGCAGGCCGGGGGAGCUGGGGGAUGAAGGAGGGGCCAUGUCGUCACGCCCUGCAGUCAUUGAACGGUGUGAGGAAUAACGCUCUGAUGAGGAUCAACGUCAGAGAAAAGCUCAACUUCACCUUCAAGGCCUUCAUGUCCGACUACUCUUUGUCCAUGGUGUACCAUAAGAAGUUCAUGCGUGUGGUUCUGACCAACCCUCUGGCCAUCCGAGUCACAGCCAGACACUCCUGGGACGACACCAACAACCACAUGCUCACCCUCACCGCCUUCAGUCACCUCUGCAAGAAGGCAACCACCACAGUGACGGUAUACAUCCCAGAAGCCUCUCUGUUGUGUAGGUCCUCCUCUUUCACCUUCACGCUACAGAACUCCUGCCCUGAGGGACUCCAAAUCGUCUAUGUCUCCCAACAGCCAAUCAGUGACCACGAAUGGAUCCACGCGGAUCCAGAGGAUCACAUGGACAACAAGAGGCUCUUCAACCUGCCUGUGAACUACCGGCCUCCCUCCCAACUAGGUGUUUUAAUCCCGACCUCAGACAACAUCUAUAACGCUGACCCAAGUCAUCCCCGCCCCAGAGAGCACUACCCCAUCUCCAAGAACUCUGGUCGGUACAAGCAGUGUGCAGGGAAAAGGUCCGCAGAGGAAUGUGGCUGCACAGACAUACUGAAAGUCUCUCCUCUAGCCAUCAACUCUGACUGCAGACAGAGGGUGCUGAGGCUAACGUUUCCUGUGACUGACUUCAACAUCACCCUGUUCCUGAGGAGAACCAACCACGCUGACCACCCGCUCUGCUCUCCUUACUUUGUGACUGUCACAGAGGUCAACAACCGGACCAGCUGGAAGGUCACAGGGACCCAUGCCACCCCCACCAUGGACAGGAUGAGACAAUAUCUUGAAGACAGUCUAAAGAACAAUCUCUACAACCCAGAAGGACUGCAGAUCAGCCUAUAUGGCUCUGAGCUUUUCCACUUCCGUAUCUCUGUCAUUCCUGGAGUUGUGUUGUGUGACCUGGUGGAGGAGGUACAGAUCUACGUGGACGAGCCUCCGCUGGCGUUCCCAACCCAACACCUCGUCAACAACAUGGCAGCCAUCAUCCUGGGAGGCCUGCUGCUCUUUGGCUUCCUUCUCAUAUACAACGGCGUUGCCAUGCCAACCAAGAGCAGCAUCAAAACCCUCCUCAAGAAACACAAGCCCACCAUCUCGCCAACCAGAACCCAGAACUCUACCACGACACAGGGACCCGAGUAGGAUUUUACAGUUCUGCAUUGUAAGAGUGUGUUAUAGAGUUGUACGUUCCAUUUUUAGCCUUUUAACCUAAGUAUGAGAUGUAAAUGUUUUUAGUGUUCAGAUUGAUCCUUUUUUCAAAUGUGUGUUCUAUGAAAUUUGUAUUUGCGAAAGAUUGAAAGAAACUAGCAAAGAUGAAAAGGUACAAAUGAAAGGAAAAACACAUGCUC